UCAUCAUGGAUGAAGUACAACAAGCAAGCUAGCUCUUCUAUGCUCCCCCUGAAACUCAGAUCCAGUUCUGUUUGUAGAAAACAAGCCAGUCUAUGGUCAUUACACCCUGAAUGUACCCAAUUCUCAUCUAAAGAAAAGUCAUUCCACACUCCCUACAGACUCUGAUGCCUGUGAGUGUGUGUCAGUCACGCCCUAGGAACUAAUGAGCACAGUGCCUCUUCUAGCAAUCAAUAGUAUCAUACUUGUCAUCAAGAGGAUUUAGGGGCCUUCCUUCCAAUGGACAUCGUUAUUCACAAAAGAGAGAAAGCUGGACACAGCCACCAAAAAGGAGAUGACCUGGUUGGUGUGCCUAAGGAAGCCACAGUUCUUGGGACCAUACAGAUACUAUGUGCCCUGACAAUUGCAAGCUUGGGGGGCAUUUUGGUAUCAGCUUCCUACUCUUCCUACUUCAACCCAGCAGCCUUCACCACUUUGAUGACUGGAUACCCAUUUGUUGGAUCCCUAUGUUUUGUCAUUGCUGGAUCUCUCUCAAUAAUCUCUGGGCAACUCUCAUUCAAACCUUUUGCACUGAGCAGCUUGGCCUCCAAUGCAGCAAGCUCUGCUGUUGCUACAAUUGGCUUCCUCCUCCUCACCCAUAGCCUUAUAGACAUGGGGACUGCUUCUCCACACUGUAAUUCAGAAAAGAAAUUUCUGUCCUUAAUGCUUUAUUCGGAAUCCCACCAUUGGAUGAAUGAAGACAAGAACUGUCUCCUUGCUUAUGUCAGCAUCAUGAGUGGGCUGGUGGUGAUGCUCAUCUUCACUGUGCUGGAGUUUUUGCUGGCUGCAUACAGUUCUGUUUUUUGGUGGAAGCAAGUCUAUGCCAACAAGCCUGGAGUGCAUUUUUUUCAUGCCUGAAUCACAAGAUCAUACCCAAGUUGUCAAAAGCAGUUUGUUGAAGCCAUGGAUAUGAAA